AUGGUUCUGUCAGAUCUCGGAAAGCGCCUUGGCGCCGUCAUGUCCGAUCUCGGUCGCUCAAACGUUGUCGAUGAACAAGCAUUCGAUGCCCUGCUGAAAGAGGUGUGCUCGGCUCUGCUCGAGUCCGAUGUGAACGUCAAACUCGUUAGCAAUCUGCGCAAAAGCAUCAAGUCAAAAGUCAACCUCAAGGAUCUUGCAGCAGGCGUGAAUAGAAAGCGCUUGAUCCAGAAGACCAUAUUUGACGAACUCGUAGCAUUGGUAGACGCUGGUGUGGAACCUUACAGACCAAAGAAAGGUCACCCCAAUGUGAUCAUGUUCGUUGGUCUUCAGGGAAGUGGAAAGACGACAUCCUGUACUAAGCUUGCGUUGCAUUACCAGCGCAAAGGUUUCAAAUCCUGCUUGGUAUGCGCUGACACAUUCCGUGCCGGUGCCUUCGACCAGCUGAAACAGAAUGCCACGAAAGCUCGCAUUCCCUACUUUGGUAGCUACACCGAGACAGACCCUGUUCGGAUAUCAAGAGAAGGUGUCGAGAAGUUCAAGAAGGAGAAGUUCGAAGUCAUCAUUGUUGAUACGUCCGGAAGACAUCGCCAGGAGAAGGAGUUGUUUGCUGAAAUGGUCCAGAUCUCUGAGGCGGUCAAGCCCGAUCAGACAAUCAUGGUGCUCGACGCAAGUAUCGGUCAGGCUGCAGAAUCACAAAGUAAGGCUUUCAAGGAAUCUGCGGACUUUGGAUCGAUCAUCAUCACCAAAAUGGAUGGACACGCGAAGGGAGGAGGUGCAAUCUCGGCCGUCGCUGCCACAAAUACACCCAUUGCUUUCAUCGGUACCGGAGAACACAUGCAUGAUCUCGAGACUUUUGCUCCACAGUCUUUUGUCUCAAAGUUGAUGGGAAUGGGAGAUAUGCAAGGUCUCUUUGAGCAUGUCUCGUCGCUGAAGCUCGAUCAAAACAAGGAAAUGAUGAAGCAUAUUGCGGAAGGAUUGUUCACAGUCCGGGAUCUAAGGGACCAGCUCGGCAACAUCAUGAAGAUGGGUCCUCUCAGCAAGAUGGCGGGUAUGAUUCCUGGUUUAAGCCAGCUUGGCCUCGGAGAAGGAAGUGACGAAGAAGGGUCGAGGAGACUGAAGAGGAUGAUGUGCGUCAUGGAUUCUAUGACGGAGAAAGAGCUGGACAGCGAUGGUAAAAUAUUCCUCGACCAACCUCAUCGGAUGACGCGCGUGGCCAGAGGAAGCGGUACUUCUGUUAGAGAAGUCGAGGAGCUUUUGUCGCAACACAAGAUGAUGGCAACUGUCGCAAAGAAGAUGGGUGGUAAGAGUGGCAUGCUAAGCAAGAUGGGCGCAAUGGGUAAGAACCCACAGCAGAUGGCCCAGAUGCAGAAGAGACUACAAGCCAUGGGAGGUGCAGGCGGUGGUGGUGGAUUGGCUGAUAUGAUGAAGGCCAUGGGAGGAGGUGGCAUGCCUGAUCUUAGCAGCAUGCUCGGUGGCAUGUUUGGCGGAGGCGCACCAGGCGCACCAGCUGCUGGCCGAGGUGGUAGGAGAUAGAAAUCAAUCUCGUUCUGCUC